AUGAAAGGGGUGAAGGAAGGGGAUCAAAAUAUCUGCAACUUAUUGCGAAGAACUGGAUAUAUGAAUUAUGAUACUUCUACAAGGUCAAGUAAGAAAUCUAUUGGAGGUUUUCCAAGAUGUUUAGCAGAAAAUAAUAAAAAGUACAGUUGUAAAAAGAAGCAAUAUAAUGUAGCUUUGUACUUCAAACAACAUUCCAAACAAUCUCCUAAAGAAAAAUGGUAUGAAAAGCUUGGCUGUAACGAUGGUGAUGACAUUUAUGACAAAAUGGGACAUAUCGUCCUAAUAUGGGCUGAAUAUAUUGCUUAA